UUUUGAUCAACAAUGUGCUGUAUUUGUAGCGAUCAUUUUCACAGAAGCGGAUGGUAGUUACACAUAAGUAUGAAUUUCAGUACAACUACUACUUGAUUCAUCUCGUACUAGGGAAUAGCGUCUCUACCAGGCUCAUGCUGGCGAGAACACCUACAUCCUAGACUAUCUAGCUGCUAAGCUAACUCAGGACUGUCUUCUAUUGCUAAUCAAAACAUCAUUAGUAAACAGCCAGGUGGUUUAUUUUUUCGAUGAUAAGCAUCCCCAACAUCCAUACGUUAGGU